AUGGUGUGCAUAUUCCAUCAUGCACGGAUAACCAUUAACAGCACACAUGAUUUCGUUUAUGUGGUGUUUGUGGUGUCCUUGAGAUUAAGUGCGCAGAUUGAUGUAUUUGUUUUAUGUCUUCGCAGUGAAGCUGCAUUUGUUGAUUUGCUUGCGGUUUGUGUAAAAAGGUGGAAUGAGACAUUGGAUCGUGAGAGGCGACUCAAGAUGAGCGAGGGCAAGCAGUAUCAGCUGGGGACGAUUGGAGCGUUGAGUCUUUCGGUGGUUUCGUCGGUGUCAAUCGUGAUCUGCAACAAGGCACUGAUCAGCACUCUUGGCUUCACGUUUGCUACUACUCUGACUAGCUGGCAUCUCCUUGUUACAUUCUGUUCUCUUCAUAUUGCUCUAUGGAUGAAAUGGUUUGAGCACAAGCCUUUUGAUCCUAGAGCUGUCAUGGGAUUUGGGAUUUUGAAUGGGACAUCAAUUGGACUUCUAAAUCUGAGCCUGGGUUUCAACUCUGUUGGUUUCUAUCAGAUGACAAAAUUGGCAAUUAUACCAUGCACUGUUCUUUUAGAGACUCUGUUCUUCCGAAAAAUAUUCAGUAGGAACGUCCAGGCAUCGCUUGGUGUUCUUCUCCUUGGUGUUGGAAUUGCGACUGUGACAGAUCUGCAGCUCAAUGUCCUGGGUUACGAUCAGAUGACAAACACCAUUCAGAAAAAGUUCAAAGUUUCUUCUACACAACUUUUGUACCAAUCAUGCCCCUAUCAGGCAAUCACUCUGUUUCUAACUGGACCGUUUGUAGAUGGACUUCUCACAAACUUGAAUGUAUUUGCGUUCAAUUAUACCCCGAAAGUACUGGCAUUUAUUGUCUUAUCAUGUUUGAUAUCAGUUUCUGUAAACUUCAGUACCUUUCUUGUGAUUGGAAAGACUUCGCCAGUCACGUAUCAGGUCUUAGGGCAUUUGAAAACAUGCCUUGUGCUUGCCUUCGGUUAUGUUCUUCUUCAAGACCCUUUUAGUUGGCGGAACAUUCUGGGCAUCCUGAUUGCUAUAGUAGGAAUGGUGCUAUAUUCGUAUUAUUGCACGAUCGAGAGCCAGCAAAAGACCAAUGCAGAAGCAGCACAGUUAUCUCAGGCUAAAGAAAAUGAAUCUGAUCCCCUAUUAAGUGUCGAAAAUGGAGGUGGUAGUUUAUCCGACUCGAACAUUGCUAGAGCUCCAGGGUGGAAUUCGAACAAGGACCUGCGGGCUUAGAACUUUGCCGGGUAUCAUCAAU